UUUUGCUUUUCAAUAGUGAGUUAGUUGAUUUUAUAGAUAAAAUUUCAAUUGGUUUUGUGAAAAAAAACCUGUUCUUUUGAAAAAUCUAAAAACCCAUUAGUACAUUAACAACGCAACUAACAAGUUUUCUCUCUUGGAGUGUUGAACGUGGUGUCAUCAUGUCAAACUAAUUGUGGAAUUAAUUUAAACAUUGUUGGUCCUGGAAUUAACUCCCUACAAAAGCACAAACUUUUCCAAAUUUUAAAUCUUCAUAAAAUUGUUUAAAAAAGUAACAAGCAACUACUACCACAACAUGGCUCAAUUUGGCCCCUGGGAUUAUACUAUUCUGGCCAUUGUAUUACUAAUAUCGGCUGGCAUUGGUGUAUACUAUCGUUUAACCGGUGGUAAACAAAGGACGGCCAAGGAAUAUUUAUUGGCAGAUCGUGGCAUGGGCAUAACCCCGGUGGCUUUUAGUUUAACCGCCAGUUUAAUGUCUGCUGUUACCAUUCUGGGAGUAUCCGCGGAAAAUUAUCAAUAUGGCACACAAUUUGUAAUCAUCAAUAUUGCCUAUAUCAUUGCCACGCCCUUUGCCGCCUACUUGAUCUUACCGGUGUUCUAUCGCUUGAAGACGGCCAGUGUUUAUGAGUAUUUGGAACAAAGAUUUGGUUAUGCUACACGUUUAUAUGCCUCCUUGGCUUUCUCCGUGCAGACUGCCUUAUACAUGGGUAUUGUGUUGUAUGCUCCAGCCUUGGCUUUGGAAGCUGUUACUGGUUUGAAUAUUGUAUUCUCCAUUUUGAUUGUGGGCCUGGUGUGUACUUUCUAUUCGACAUUGGGUGGCAUGAAGGCUGUUUUGAUAACUGAUAUAUUCCAGUCGGUGCUGAUGUUUGCCUCGGUGUUUGCUAUUAUUAUCUGUGCUGCUAUUAAGGCUGGAGGCUUAAGUGAUAUUUGGGAGACGGCCCGAGAGGGAGGACGUUUGGAGUUUUUCAAUUUCAGCACGGAUCCUACCCAUAGACAUACCUUCUUUACCCAAAUUAUUGGUGGUUUGGGUGUGUACUUAUCUUUGUAUGGUGUUAAUCAGGUUCAGGUGCAACGAUUGCUGUCCGUGAAGUCUUUGAAGGCCUCUGCCAAUUCCUUGUGGUGGAGUUUGCCGGUCUUAAUGGUUUUAAGUUUCACCACCUGUUUCUCCGGCUUGUGUAUGUACUAUUACUACAAGGGCUGUGAUCCUUUGCUGGAGGGCCGCAUUAGUUCUAGAGAUCAGCUUAUGCCUUUGUUUGUGGUGGACACCAUGGGCCAUAUACCCGGCUUAUCGGGUUUGUUUGUAUCGGGCAUAUUCUCCGGCAGUUUGUCAUCCAUAUCCUCAGCUAUAUCUUCAUUGUCGGCGGUUACAAUGGAGGAUUACAUUAAACCCUUUGUGGCUUAUAGACAAAAGAAAGAACUAACUGAUGCCAAGACCACCUUUUAUACCAAAGUAUUGAAUCUGAUUUAUGGAGUUGUCUGCUUGGGCAUUGCCUUUAUGGCGGGCUCUAUUGGUGGUCUAUUGCAAGCUGCACUUUCCAUAUUUGGCAUAGUGGGUGGACCUUUAUUGGGUCUGUUUACCUUGGGCAUGUACAUCCAGAGAGCCAAUCAAAAAGGUGUCAUAACCAGUUUAACCAUAGGCUUAGCAUUUUCCUUUUGGAUGGGCUUUGGCCAACCCAAACCUCCCAUACCAUUGCUGCCCUUGGACAUCGACAGUUGCCCAGCCACUGCCACUAGUUUAGUAACCGACAUUUUCACCUCCACACUGCAUGACGUCAAGUCUGAAGAAGAACCUCAUUAUUUCUAUUUGUAUCGCAUCUCCUACAUGUGGUAUGCUGCCAUUGGUUUUAUCGUUACCUUCGUUUUGGGCAUAAUUUUCUCUUGGAUCUAUGAGAAGUUGGGUUGGGACCUAAAUGAUGCCCUGUACACCGAUGAAUCGCGUACUAUUAUCAAAUGUGAUCUGUUUGUGCCACCCAUUGCCAAACGUAUACGCAAAAGGCAAAUGCCUUUGGUAGUGGUCACUGCUACAAGUUCCGAAAUUGGCAAUAAUAACUCUAGAACUCCCAGCUUUGUGGAAGAGGAAACUGCCGGUCCUGGCCUAACUAAAUCCUAUACCAAUUCCACGGAAUUAAGUGAGGUCUCGUCUAAGGAAGAGAAACUGGAGAAUCUGGAAGAUUUUGAAAAAUCGAAUGGCAGUAGAGGCAGCAUGGAUAUGAUACCCGAGGAACAAGAUCAUAAAGCCAAAAAAUUACAAACCAAUACCAAACUAGAAUGAAUUUAUAGCUAAUAAAUUAUGUAUACCUACUUAUUUCAUUGUCUUGUUUUUAAAGAUUUAAUAGAAUUUAUAAAAAGAACAAAUAUGCACUCUUUACUUUUAGUUUUAAAUUGCACAAAAAAA